AAAACCUCAAGGAUAUGGGUCCGACCAAACAGCGUGUUUCUAUGGUCUUCCUUUUGACAUCACUCGGUUGUACAGCUGGCAGAACACCGAUGUUUGAAAAGUGCCAAACAAGUGACAAAUGUGAGAUAGGGACAGAAUGUCUAUACAACGUCUGCCUUCCACGUGCAGAUCCAGUACCAGUGUUUGUCUACGAUACACCAGACCAGCAAGCUUCUCCGCAUCCUAUACAGACUACACAUAUUCCCAUAACUUUGAAAUCGAUAUAUCGAAGUUAUCCUUUGCGUUCCGAUACGACAUUUCCGUCUCCUCUGCGCCAGAUAGAGCAGCCUCAUUUGGGAUCGAUGUUCCUCCAACACGAUGCGCAACCUCCUUCCACCAUACAUAACGUGGUUGUUCAAGCACCACCUGGUACUGCUAAUCCUUUGAAGACAGAUUCUGUUCGCUGUCCACCUGAGCUGUCGCCAAGAUACGUUUUUGGACACUGCACAUGU